ACCAACUGCACUGUCAAACCUUUCCUCCUCCUCCUUCCCCAGGGAGCUAGGGAUUUUGAUCUUAUCCAAAUUCCGAACCAGGAGGUUGUGCUAAUGGAGGACACGAAUUGGGAGCAGAAGCUCCACGCCUUGACUCACGUCAUGACCAGUCCGACAACAUCGCCACCGCUACACAGCCAGGUUUUCAUAUCCACGCAGAUCCCCUGCUACCUCGACUGGGACUACCCGCCGCUGCUCUGCCGCCGGCCCUCCGCAGGCCUCCGGUGGGGCGUCUCCCAGUUUGUGAAGAGAUUUUCGAGAUUCGGGCUCCCGGAGACGUCGUGGCGGUCGAAAUGCCCCUACCAGGUGCCGCCGCCGGCGGUAAUGGCGAAGGGCGUGGAGGAAGGACGGUGGAGCGAGGAGGAGAGGAGGAGAUACGUGCGGGAGAGAAUGAGGAGGAAGAGACUGGGGAGCGACGUUCAUCCAUUGGUACCAAUUGUUAUCCCAAAUAUGAUGCUGUUGGCACUCCUGGUUUGGGAUCCAGUCCCCAUAGACGACACCCCAUAGGCCAUAGCAUAGAAGAUUUACUGUCCAAUUUUCAUUUUCAUUUUUCCUUUUCUUUUCUGGAAAAAUUAGAAAUAAGUAAAUUAUAAUUAAUAGACUAUAUUUUUAUUGUAAACUAGAGUAUAAAAUAGCAGUAAUACAACUCCUACGCUGAAAAUAUAGUUUCCAUA